CCACCUACCAGCUCCCUUCCCUCGGCCGGAGCCUGAGCCUAGCCUGGCCCGCUGUGCUGUGCUGAGCUGCUGACUCCGGCAGGAAGAUGGUCGCGGCGCUGCAGUACGUGUGGCCUCUCCUCCUCUGCAGCCCCUGCCUGUUCAUCGAGAUCCCUGAGGAAUAUGAGGGGCACCAUGUGAUGGAGCCACCUGUUAUCACGGAACAGUCUCCACGGCGCCUGGUCGUCUUCCCGACAGAUGACAUCAGCCUCAAGUGUGAAGCCAGCGGCAAACCCGAAGUGCAGUUCCGCUGGACGAAGGAUGGCAUCCACUUCCAACCCAAGGAGGAGCUGGGUGUGACUGUGCAGCAGCUGCCCCACUCUGGCUCCUUCACCAUCACGGGCAACAACAGCAACUUUGCCCAGAGAUUCCAGGGCAUCUAUCGCUGCUUUGCCAGCAAUAAGCUGGGCACCGCCAUGUCCCACAAAAUCCAGCUCAUGGCUGAGGGUGCCCCCAAGUGGCCAAAGGAGACCGUGAAGCCCGUGGAGGUGGAGGAAGGGGAGUCUGUGAUCCUGCCUUGCCAUCCUCCACCCAGCGCAGAGCCACUCCGGAUCUACUGGAUGAACAGCAAGAUCUUGCACAUCAAACAAGAUGAGCGAGUAACAAUGGGUCAGAAUGGCAACCUCUACUUUGCCAACGUAAUCACGUCGGACAACCACUCAGACUACAUCUGCCAUGCCCACUUCCCAGGAACCCGGACCAUCAUACAGAAGGAGCCCAUUGACCUCCGGGUCAAAGCCACCAACAGCAUGAUUGACAGGAAGCCACGCCUGCUCUUCCCCACCAACUCCAGCAGCCACCUGGUAGCCUUGCAAGGCGAGCCAUUAGUCUUGGAAUGCAUUGCUGAGGGCUUCCCCACCCCUACCAUCAAGUGGCUGCGUCCUAGUGGCCCCAUGCCAGCUGACCGAGUCACCUACCAGAACCACAACAAGACCCUACAGCUGCUGAAUGUGGGUGAGGAGGAUGAUGGCGAGUAUCGCUGCCUGGCCGAGAACUCACUGGGCAGCGCCAGGCAUGCCUACUAUGUCACUGUGGAAGCGGCCCCAUACUGGUUGCACAAGCCCCAGAGCCACUUGUAUGGCCCAGGAGAGACUGCCCGGCUGGACUGUCAAGUGCAGGGCCGGCCCCAACCAGAAGUCACCUGGAGAAUCAAUGGGAUCCCUGUGGAAGAGCUGCCCAAGGACCAGAAGUACCAGAUCCAGCGUGGUGCCCUGAUCCUGAGCAAUGUGCAGCCCAGUGACACAAUGGUGACACAGUGCGAGGCCCGCAACCGGCAUGGAGUCCUGCUGGCCAAUGCCUACAUCUAUGUUGUCCAGCUGCCUGCCAAGAUCCUGACUGGAGACAACCAGACAUAUAUGGCGGUCGAGGGAAGCACUGCCUACCUUCUGUGCAAGGCCUUUGGAGCCCCUGUGCCCAGUGUCCAAUGGCUGGGAGAAGAAGGGAUGACAGUGCUUCAGGAUGAACGCUUCUUCCCCUAUGCUAACGGGACCCUUGGCAUCCGAGACCUCCAGGCCAAUGACACAGGACGCUACUUCUGCCAGGCUGCCAAUGACCAAAACAAUGUGACCAUUGUAGCUAACCUGCAAGUUAAAGAUGCAACUCGGAUCGUACAGGGGCCCCGGAGUGCAAUCGAGAAGAAAGGCUCAAGGGUGACAUUCACAUGCCAGGCCUCCUUUGACCCUUCCUUGCAGCCCAGCAUCACCUGGCGUGGGGAUGGUGGAGACCUCCACGAGCUUGGGGACAGUGACAAGUACUUCAUAGAGGAUGGGCGCCUAGUCAUUCACAGCCUGGACUACAGUGACCAGGGCAACUACAGCUGUUUGGCCAGCACUGAGCUGGACAUGGUGGAGAGCAAGGCACAGCUCUUGGUGGUGGGGAGCCCUGGGCUGGUGCCCCAGCUGAAGCUGUCUGACCUCCACCUGCUGAAGCAGAGCCAGGUGCGCCUGUCCUGGAGCCCCGCAGAAGACCACAAUGCCCCCAUUGAGAAGUAUGACAUUGAAUUUGAGGAUAAAGAAAUGGCACCUGAGAAAUGGUACAGUCUGGGCAAGGUGCCAGGGAACCAGACCUCUGCUACUCUCAAGCUGUCACCCUAUGUGCACUACACAUUUAGGGUAACUGCCAUCAACAAAUACGGCCCCGGGGAGCCUAGCCCAGCCUCUGAGACUGUGGUCACACCCGAGGCAGCCCCAGAAAAGAACCCUGUGGACGUGAAGGGGGAAGGGAAUGAGACCAACAACAUGGUGAUCACGUGGAAGCCGCUCCGAUGGAUAGACUGGAAUGCACCCCAGGUUCAGUACCGCGUGCAAUGGCGCCCUCAGGGGACACGGGGGAUCUGGCAGGAACAGAUUGUGAGCGACCCGUUCCUGGUAGUGUCCAACACGUCCACCUUUGUGCCUUAUGAGAUCAAAGUUCAGGCCGUCAACAGCCAGGGCAAGGGCCCGGAGCCCCAGGUCACCAUUGGAUACUCCGGGGAAGACUACCCCCAGGCGAGCCCUGAGCUGGAAGGCAUCCAGAUCCUCAAUUCAAGCACUGUGCUGGUCAGGUGGUGGCCUGUGGACCUGGCCCAGGUCAAGGGCCACCUCCGGGGAUACAGUGUGACAUACUGGUGGGAGCGCAGUCAGAGGAAGCACAGCAAGAGGCAUGUCCACAAGGGCCACGUGAUAGUGCCUGCCAACACCACCAGUGUUAUCCUCGGUGGUCUCCGGCCCUACAGCUCCUACCACCUGGAGGUGAAGGCCUUUAAUGGGCGAGGGCCUGGUCCUGCCCUUGAGUUAACCUUCAGCACCCCGGAGGGAGUGCCGGGCCACCCCGAGGCGUUGCACCUGGAGUGCCAGUCGAACACCAGCCUGCUGCUGCACUGGCAGCCCCCACUCAGCCACAACGGCGUUCUCACCGGCUAUGUGCUCUCCUAUCACCCCUUGGAUGAGGGGGGCAAGGAGCAGCUGUCCUUCGACCUUCCGGACCCUGAGCUUCGAACUCACAACCUGACCAACCUCAGCCCCUACCUGCGAUACCGCUUCCAGCUUCAGGCCACCACGAAGGAGGGCCCUGGUGAGGCCAUCGUGCGGGAAGGAGGCACUAUGGCCUUGUCUGGCAUCCAGGAUUUCGGCAACAUCUCAGCCAUGGCAGGUGAAAACUACAGCAUCGUUUCCUGGGUUCCCAAAGAGGGACAGUGCAAUUUCGGGUUCCACAUCUGGUUCAAAGCCUUAGGAGAUGAGAAGGCAGGUGCCUACCUCCUGCCGCAGUAUGUCAGCUAUAACCAGAGCUCCUACACGCAAUGGGACCUGCAGCCCGACACCGACUAUGAGAUCCACCUACUGAAAGAGAGGACACUGCUGCACCAAAUGGCUGUGAAGACCAAUGGCACAGGCCGUGUAAGACUGCCUACUGCUGGCUUCACCACUGAGGGCUGGUUUAUUGGCUUUGUCAGCGCCAUGGUCCUGGUGCUGCUACUCCUGCUCACCCUCUGCUUCAUCAAACGCAGCAAGGGCGGCAAGUACUCAGUGAAGGAUAAGGAGGACACCCAGGUGGACUCUGAGGCCCGACCCAUGAAAGACGAGACCUUUGGCGAGUACAGUGACAACGAGGAGAAGGCCUUUGGCAGUAGCCAGCCAUCUCUCAAUGGAGACAUCAAACCCCUGGGUAGUGAUGACAGCCUGGCUGAUUACGGGGGAAGCGUGGACGUGCAGUUCAACGAGGAUGGCUCCUUCAUCGGCCAAUACAGUGGCAAGAAGGAGAAGGAGGCAGCAGGGGGCAAUGACAGCUCAGGGGCCACCUCUCCCAUCAACCCUGCCGUGGCCCUAGAAUAGUGGGGUCCAGCCAGGCAAGGUGGGGCCCAUGCUGUGUCCCUAACCUGGGGAUCAAGGCCCUCCCUCUCUCCAGCAGGCCUUUGGGAAGCCUGACUUGGGGCAGAAGAGAGGCCCCUUCUUACCACCUGGUCCCUACUUUAUUGCCAAAACCCAGCUGCACCCCUUCCUGGGCACAUGCUACUUUGCUCCAGCUCAGGGGCAGGUCACCUACAUGUCAGGGGCCUCUAGGUGCUGCCCUGCCAGCCUAUUUGGGCAGAGAAGCCGUAGUUUGGGGGAGUGAAAGUGGGGUUGCCCUGGCUAGAUUUCCGAGAUGGUGUCCUUCUUGAUUUCGGCCUGGGGCAGACAUGGCAGGGUCUCCCUUGGACUAAAGUUGGCACAUCCCCCACCCCAGCCACUCCCUGGCCAGCCCAGCUGGGACUGUGGACAGAACUCGGUGUCUUUACCAUCUGCUCCCUUUCUCUGCCAUCUCUGCUCCAACCAGGAUGAGGGCUGGGCUGAACAAGCUGGCUGCAGGUGCUGGGGAGGCCAUCUGGAGAAGCCAGAGUCCCUGCCCCGAAAUCACACUAAGUCAGCACCCCUCCUCCUGCCGCUCACCCUACCCCGUGGCUGACUUUCAGGAGCUUCACACGCUGCCUUUGGUAUCCACCAGACAACAUCCAAGUGGCCUCUGUCACUGCUGGGGUGCAGGGUGGGCACCCCUCCUAUUGCCCACCAGCCAGCCCCUCCCAGCUGCCACCCCCAACCCCUUAGCAGCGCUGUCCACCCUGCUGUGUUGUCUGAACAGUUUUCUUCCUCAGCCUCCUCCCAAACCCCACCUUGGGAAUGUAAAUACACCGUGACUUUGAGAGUUUGUACCCUUCCCCUUACCCCAUAUGCCAUUAGUGUGUAGGCAGAUGUCCGAGUCUCUAGGUGAUUUCUAGGUUUUAUAGCAAUUAGCUUUGAUGAACCCAUCCCAGGAAAAAUAAAAACAGACAAAAAAAAGGAAACCUUGGUACCCCCAGCACUGCUGUACUCUGCCCAGCAGUUUGGGCUCCCCAUAUGCCUUUGCUUGGUCUGUCAAUGAGCCCUCUUCAAAAAACAAAAAAAUAUAUAUAUGUACAUAAAUAUCAGAAUUAUAACAGGUAAAUAAAACCUGGAAAGGAAG